AUGUCCAGAGCUGUAACCUGGAACCUUGGUAUGACUAAUUAUGUUAGACAACGCCGUCACCUCCUAACAGCCAAGGCCAAAGCAAUCAGAGCCGAGAGAUACCCAAAGCUUCUUUCAUCCAUCAAGCAUCAACGUGCAGGAAAACUCGUGUUUGUAAAUGGGAAGACGUUCAUUGUGGACGCUGAGGUGAAUCGCAGAAAUUCUCGAGUGAUUGCCUACAACCCUUCUGACGUCCCCUUUGUGUUUGAGACUAAGAAUCUGGUCUCUGUGAUGGUAUUUGGAGCCGUGGCGAGUGAUGGAAGUGUCAUGGAUCUACACUUCAUUGAGUCUGGUUUGAAGAUCGGCACGAAAAUAUAUCUGGACAUCCUGAAGAACUCUUUGUUACUUUGGAUGGAGUAG